CGCGUCAUUGGUGACACAAAGACGUCAACCCCGCCAUCGUCAGCACUCGGCUCGACUCACCGGAGACCUCAACACCGCGGCAUAGAUAUCAACACCGCGACCUCGACUCCACAGCCAUCACCACCACGAUCGUCCGCCCUCGCCAUGUUCAAGAAGAAGCCGCAGAUCAAAGCGCAAGCGCCGCUACGCUCCUCGGACCGGCGCAAAACCGCGCAAUCAAUAAUCACGAACUUCGCGUACACGUCGCCCUCCGCAACGGAAACCGAGGCGUCGCUGCGCAACCUCAUCCUCCCCGACGGCAGCUCGCACGCGAAAUUCUCGACCACCUACGGCCCCGACCUCGCGCCCGCCCACGGCACGAUCUACCUGGGCUCCCACAGCUCGGACGAAGAGGACCGCCCGCUGUGGGUCAAGUUCGAGCGCCAGACCCCAGAGCUGUUCCCGACCGUGUUCACGCUCUGGAAGAAUCCCACGCUGCUGCCGCUGCUGCAUACCCACCCGCCGGUUAUCGAGAGGCUGUAUGAGGGCGCGGAUCUUAUGACGCCGGGAUUGAUCGGCCCGCCGUUUCCGGAUGGGGCCGAGGUGGGCAAGCUGGUGGGGAUUGCGAGUAGUGAGCGCCCGACUGUGCCGGUCGCGGUAGGCGUGUGUGAGAUUGACGUUACUGGAUUGAGAAAGACGAUUGGAGAGAAGGGUCGCGCGGUGAGAAUCCUGCAUUGGCUCGGUGAUGAGAUUUAUAAACUUGCGGGGGCUGUGAAGGUUCCCGAUGAAUUGGAGGUGCCGGGAGUGAAUGAGGUGCUGUCAGUGGCGAUGAAUAGGCUUGUGAUUUCCCCUUCGGAGCAGAAGGAGAAGGAGAAGGAGGAAGAGAGGGAGAAAGAGAAGGAGAAAGAGAAAGAGAAGGAGGAGAGCAGCGGCGAGGAGGAGAUACGACAGCUGAGUACGAAGGAGAUUGACGACGCAUUCUACAACGCUGCGUUGUACGGCUUCCAGGUUUAUUCCGAGUUGGAGACGAGAGAGAAUGCCCGCCUCGAGUUCCCGCUACCGUCUGCGACAUUUAUAAACAUGCUAGUUCAUCCAUAUCUCCCGCCGGCGAGCCAGUUCCCGCCAUACAACCUUCUACAGGAUGUAGGGCCACAUCCGAGCCUUCAGCUGAAGAAAACGAGCUGGAAGAAUUUGCCAAAGCUCCUCAAGUACCUGCAGAGCAAAGACCUGGUCGUUACUAAAGUACGCAACGGCGGAGAAUCGAUCGUGAUGGACAUCAACUGGGAGCAUCCUGAAAUUAAGAGUUUCAGACCGUACAAACUCCCCGUGCCACCGAAGGAAGACAAGCCCGAUGACGACGGUGCUGCUGGGAAUGGAGGAGGGAAACCGGGUGUGGUCAAAAUUGAGCCCCUCUACAGACCCAACGGAAGGGCUAUAAAAUUCUUCCAGGAGAUCGACGCGGGAACCAAAGACUUCUACACUGCCGCCGACCUCAGAACACUGCUCAACACGUACAUCGACACCAAUACUCUCGCCCAAAAGCUUAACAGGCGUUUAGUCAACCUCGACCCCCUUCUCUCCAACACCCUCUUCACCACUAACGCAGCCGACACCGCCGAGCUCGCCAAGGCUAAAGGCGCCUACAGACGCGAUCUUCUCGCCGACCGCCUCGUGUCCGCCUGCGCGCCCUACUACCGCAUCACCUCCCCCAGCGGUGAACAAAGCAAGCCCAAAUCCGGGUCGCCCCCGAAAAUUACCAUCGUCACUACAAAACAGGGAUCGAAAGCGGUUACGCGCAUAACUGGCCUCGAAGCCUUCGGGAUCGAACCAAAGACGCUCGCAGAGGAGCUCCAGAGGGCCUGUGGCCGUGGUGCGACCGCUAGACAGGGCACGGGACUGAAGCCGGGACUCUUGGAGGUGCAGGUGCAGGGGGAUAUGUACGAGGAUGUCAAGAGGGCUGUGGUUACGAAGGGGAUUCCAGAGAGGUUCUUUACUGUAACGCAUCAUGGCAAGCCGCGGUGAAAUCGCGAGUCCUUAGCUUUUGGUGCCAUACGAAGUAUGUAGUGACCAUCUCAGACUGGAGAAACGGAUUUCGGUUAGGUAGUGAACAUAAUCGAAAUCAGUGGAACAUAAGUCCAUGACUACCA